AUGGUUGCAACCUUGUCAAACAAAAUCAAGACGUCGGGCUACCUAAGUAUAUCAGAUGAUGAAAAUCAGAUGUGGGAGACCAUGGCAGAAACCAUUCGAACGGUGUACAAAGAAUCGUGGUGGUGGAACGAAGAAGUGCAAAAGAAGAUAAAGGACAAAAACAGGAGAUUCAAGGAGCUCAUGGCUUGCACGGAGGUGGAGGAUAGGACACUUAAGAAGGAAAUGUAUAAAGAAAAAAAACGGGCGGCAAAGAAAGUAGUAGCGGAGGCAAUAAAUCUUGUGUUUGAAGACUUUUAUCAAAAGCUUGAUACCAGAGAGGGGGAGAAGUAUAUUUUUAAGUUGGCAAAAGCAAGAUCUAGGCAGAAGAAGGACUUAGGGACAAUGAAGUUCAUUAAGGAUGAAGGUGGACAAGUACUCCUUAGACAAGAAGACAUCAAAUUGAGAUGGCAUCAAUAUUUUGCCCAACUUCUCAAUGAGAUUAGUGGUCUAAAGGAGGAAAUCUGA